ACUGAAGGUCUUAAUCCGGGUUCCGGGUGCAUCUCUUAGAUUAGGAUCGAAGAAGAGAAGUUGUUGAAGACAUUUAUUAAAACUCAAACUGUUCUUGGAUUUCUUACAUAUUCUGUUUGUUUGUUGAAUUGCUGUAGGAUAUAUCGAUAUGCCAACAGGUCAAGAACAGAAAUGGCAGAGAGAUGCUGCUGACCAGAACUUUGAUUACAUGUUCAAGAUUUUGAUAAUAGGAAAUAGCAGUGUAGGAAAGACGUCAUUUCUUUUCAGAUACGCAGAUGAUUCCUUUACGUCUGCUUUUGUCAGCACCGUUGGAAUUGACUUUAAGGUGAAGACUGUUUUCAGACAGGACAAAAGAGUAAAACUUCAGAUAUGGGAUACAGCAGGACAGGAACGUUAUCGAACAAUAACUACAGCAUAUUAUCGAGGAGCUAUGGGCUUCAUACUCAUGUAUGAUGUUACUAAUGAGGAAUCGUUUAAUAGUGUCCAAGACUGGGUAACCCAAAUUAAGACUUAUUCGUGGGACAAUGCACAGGUAAUAUUGGUUGGGAAUAAAUGUGACAUGGAAGAUGAACGUGUUGUUUCAACAGAACGAGGGAAGCAGUUAGCCGAUCAAAUUGGUCUCGAGUUCUUUGAAACUUCGGCUAAGGAAAACGUCAACGUUAAAGCUGUGUUUGAAUGUCUGGUAGAUAUUAUUUGUGACAAGAUGUCAGAAAGUUUGGACUCUGAUCCUAAUCUUGUUGGUGCUUCCAAAGGCACCAGGCUGACGGAGAACCCCGCUCCUUCAAACGGCGGGUGCCAGUGCUAAGUUUGUGUUUACUGCUAACAACUCUGUGUUUCCUGGAGCUUUGUGUGUAUAUCAUCCUAAUAAAUUACUUAACAUGUGGGGUUUACUUCAAAAAAGGGGGGGAGUAAUUGAGAAAAUAAAAUUUAUUUAGAAUUAAGAAAUGUGGUAGAAAAUUUGGCUCACCAACUUUUCAUUGGCAUUACAUGUUAUUUUUCUUUUAGGAAUUGUUUGUUAAAGCUCUUACAGUACAUAUGGUUAAGAAUUUGGCUGGUUGAAAGGUUUAGAAAAACUCGUAUAUUACUUUUGAGCUCUAAUUUAACAAUAUUUCAUAGUUUGCAUGAGUAUUUUUCUCUGACAAUAUUUAUUCUUGCUAUUUUUAGAGAAAGUGAGAUGUUAAUCUUCUCUAACGUUAAAGUAAAACUUGAAAAAUGAUGUCUGUGUAGUACAUUUCAACUUAUGGAGUUUAUGCCCAAUUCCAUUUAAUACGUCAAAUUAUAUAAGUGAAUUUAAAAUAGUUAAUUGUUUCUGUGUGUAAUGGUUAUAAAAUCAGCCAAUCAACUGAUAAUUGUAUUUUAUACAUGGAUUAGGUAGCUUAAAAACUUUAUCUCAGAGUGUGUUCUGACAUUUAUUUAUUUUUUAAAUCAGUUUUUCAGUAUAUUUAAGUUAAAAACCUUUUGCAAUUUGUAUACCAAUAGUGUUAAUUAUUUUUCAAAUUUUUUUUUUCUCUUGGAGAUUGGAUUUUCACCUGAAAAAAAUAUCUUGUGUAUUUUAUUAAAGUUUGUUUAAAGAUUUAUUACAUAUAAUUGGUUUAAUGUACAAAAAUAAUUGUUUGUAUUUUGGUAAACCAUCAGCUGAAGCUGAUUUUAACUAUUUACAGAAACUUUGUAAACACAGUGUUUGAUGUAUGUAAUUAAUACUUGAAACUGUUGGUACUUGAUGGAACCCCUUAUUUACUGAAUUGAGAAAAACAAAAACACUUGUACAUUUCACAGUUAUUUCAUUUACUACUGUUGUGAUUGCACCUGACGAUGCAUUUACACAUGAAAUCAUGGUAGUAGUGAAUGAAAUAUUUAUGAAAUGUCUUUGUUUCCUCAAUUUUAGUGUGUUUGAUUUAUAGUAUUAUAUUGCCAAACAUGGAUUUAAAAGACACGAAUUCCAUUUAAAUUUAUCAAACAUCUUGUACCUGUAGUGUGGUUUACAGCUAUAGUAAAAACCAGGAGUUAGUGUGGUUUACAGCUAUGGUAAACACCAAGAGUUAGUGUGGUUUACAGCUAUGGUAAACACUAGGAGUUAAUGUGAGUUAUAGUUAUGGUAAACACUAGGAGUUAAUGUCAUUUAUAGUUAUGGUAAACAAUAGGAGUUAGUAUGGUUUACAGCUAUGGUAAACACUAGGAGUUAGUGUGGUUUACAGCUAUGGUAAACACCAAAAGUUAGUAUGGUUUACA